ACAACAAGGAAGAGCAGAAUCUGAGAGAUGUGAUACCGCUAGAUAUUAUUUCGUUGUGUAUGUAGAUUAAUAUAUUUGAACUCUUACAAUGUCAGAAUCACCAGAUACACGCAGUUUGGUUUCUGCGUCAUCCCAGCUCAAUUUAAUGGAAAUAGAUACGAUCGAUGAUAAAGAGUUUGACAUUCCCCAAGUGGACACCCCUCCUACCCUGGAGAGCAUCCUGAAUGAGCCUGAGGAUGAGGAUGAGCCCUUCAUCCUGGAGGACACGUGUCUUCUGAACACAGAGAACAUCGAUGCCCACUCCUGUGAGACCUCCUCACUGGCCAGCUCCGACAGCGGAGACCGCACACAUCUCAAACGGAAGAGGAAGACAGUGGAGCUCAACGCUACAGUCCAUGGCUCUGUGCUCCGACACAGCAUCCUGAAAGGCAUCUCUGCUCAGAUAGUCUCAGCCGCCGACAAAGUAGAUGCUGGAUUACCAACUGCAGUAACUGUGUCCGGUGUGAUCGUAGUGGGAACGUCUCAUGGCCUGGCUCUAGUGUUUGGAAAAGAUCUGAACCAGGCUCUCCGUCUGUGCUUGGGCAGCACGGCGACAGGGGCGGAGUAUGGAGCAGUCUCCGCCCUCAGCAUCAACCACGACUGCACCCGCCUUCUCUGUGGCUUCGCCAAGGGACAGAUCACCAUGUGGGAUCUGGCCAAUGGGAAGCUUCUGCGAACCAUUACCGACGCCCACCCACCUGGCACCGCUAUCUUGCAUGUCAAGUUCACUGAUGACCCUACGCUGGCAGUGUGCAACGACAGUGGUGGCUCAGUGUUUGAGCUGGCUUUCAGGAGGUUGAUGGGGAUGCGUACAUGUGAGUCUCGUUGUCUGUUCAGUGGCUCUAAGGGAGAGGUGUGUAAUGUGGAGCCUCUUCUUACUGCCCCGGACCUGAAGGAUCACCCCAUCACACAGUACUCUCUGCUGGCCAUGGCCUCUCUUACUAAGAUUCUAGUGAUCGGACUGAAGCCUUCUCUCAAAGUGUGGAUGACAUUUCCCUAUGGCAAGACGGACCCGACCAGUGUUCCCCAGCUGGCCUGGCAGUUUGUCCCUGUUCAGAAGGUGGUCAACCCCAUCCUGGCAUUCUGCAGAGGAGACACCAUACACUUCCUGCUGGUGAAGAAGGAUGAGACCGGAACCAUCCAUGUCAUCAAGCAAAGACAGCUGCAGCUGAACUGUGACAUCAUCAGUCUGAGCUGGAUCAACAGUCGUACCCUGGUGGUGAUGGACAGUGGGGAGAAGCUGCGUGUGGUGGACCGGCCCAGCCAGGAGGAGUUGGAGACCUUGGACAUGGCUGAGGUGCAGCUGGUCUACAACAGCAGCCAUUUUAAAUCGCUGGCCACGGGGGGAAACGUCAGCCAGGCACUGGCCCUAGUAGGAGAGAAGGCCUGCUAUCAGUCCGUCUGCAGCUACGCAGGACAGAUGGUGUUACUGGGGACCAAGUCAGCCCACAUCAUGACUCUGAGAAACUGGAGGGAGCGGGUGGACUGUCUGUUGAAACAGGAACGUUUUGUCGAGGCUCUGUCCUUGGCCUGGUCCUUCCAUGAGGGCACCGCCAAGGCUGUACUGGGACUGUUUGGGGACCCAGCAAAGAGGAAAGGUGUGGUGGCAGACAAGAUGCUAGAGAUUCUGUUCCAGUAUGUGGAGCGCUCAGUGAAGAAAUGUCCAGAACACGGCAAGAUACAGGUCAUGGAACAACAUUUCCAGGACAUGGUGCCUGUCGUGGUGGAUUACUGUCUGCUGCUGCAGAGGACGGACCUGCUGUUUAACCAGCUAUAUACCCGCCUGGUGGAGAACUGUGUGGCUCGGGGGGUCUUCCUGGAGAGUUUGGAACCCUACAUCGUGUCGGAGCGUCUGGGGUGUGUGACAGCCCCCGUCAUGAGGGACCUGCUGACCCAUCUACAGGAUAACAACAUGAUGGACAGUGUAGAGAACUGCCUGAUACAUCUGGACAUCACCAGCCUCGACAUACAACAGGUGGUCCAGAUGUGUUGGGACAACCAGCUGUAUGAUGCCAUGAUAUACGUCUUCAACAGUGGCAUGAAUGACUACAUCAACCCUAUGGAGAAACUCUUCCAGGUCAUCAGCCCCCCGCUGAGAGAAGGCAAGGCCCUCACAGAUGAACAGGUGGUGAUGGGUAACAAGCUGCUCGUUUAUAUCAGCUGCUCUCUGGCAGGCCGGGCCUAUCCACUAGGAGACAUCCCAGAGGACCUGGUGUCUCAAGUCAAGAACCAGGUGUUUGAGUUCCUUACCAGGCUCCACUCUGCGGAGGCGGGCCAGAAGGAGGAGUUAUACCCCUACAUCAGAACACUGCUACACUUUGACACCCGAGAGUUCCUCAACGUCCUCGCCCUGGUGAGCCAAGUCUGGGAAACACAACAGGAAAUACCACAGAAAACUACAACCACACCUCAGAGAACUACAAGUAGAACUCCACCAACACAGGGAGAGGUAUCUACAAGUCUACAGACACACCUGGUCAGUCAACAUACGUUCCAGGACUUUAAGAAUGACAAGCAGGCUCUGGAGUACCAGCAGAGGAUUGUAGACAUUUUACUAAAGGUGAUGGUGGAGAACAGUGACUUCACUCCCUCUCAGGUGGGCUGUCUGUUUACCUUCCUGGCUCGCCAGCUGGCCAAACCUGACAACACACUCUUCGUCAACAGGAAGCUCUUCGAUCAGUGUUGUGGUUGUGCUGUUCCACAGGUUCUGGAGUUCCUGUGUAGUCCAGACGACGACUCCAGACACACAGAGAGACAACAGGUGCUGUUGGAGCUGUUGCAGGUGGGGGGAGUGGUCCAGUUUGAUGAGGGACGACUACUGGGACUGGCUGAGAAGGCGGAGUUCUACCAGAUCUGUGAGUUUCUGUAUGAGCAGAAGCACCUGUAUGAUAAGAUCAUGGACUGCUACCUCAGAGACCCACUGAGAAAGGAGGAGAUCUUUAACUACAUCCACAACCUGCUGUCCAUGCCUGGCUACAGCUCAGAGGAGAAACAGUGUGUCUGGGACAAGGCCCUGCUGCAUAUUGCGGAGCUGGUGACCCUUGACCCUGCCAAGUCAGCUGACCUGGUGGCCAUGCAUUUCCCUGAGGAAGUGCGACCCAUCAUCACCAAACUACAUGAUGAUCACUUAGUGUUCCAGUUCCUGAGGUGUCUUUUGGACCCGAGUGCUACCUCCAGGGAAGGCCCUCAUCCCCAGGCUCUCCUAAGAGUGAGCCCCGACCUGCAUGAGCUCCACAUGGGCUUGCUGUGCCGCUUUACUCCCCGGCAGCUCACUGACUUCCUCAAGGUCUCUCAGGACUACAGACUAGAGGAGGCCAUCCAGAUAACAGAACAGUACCAGCUCCAUGAAGCUACAGCCUAUCUGUUGGAGAAGAAAGGUGAUUCUCAUGGAGCCUUCCAGGUCCUGCUUAAGACGCUGAAGGACAAACUCAGCGCUCUCACCUCAGAGAAAGAGGGAGCAGAGAAAAGGAGUGAAGAGGAGGGUGAGAGAGAGAGGGAGGAAGAGAGUCCUCUGCAGAGAGUGGAGGAGUCCUUGGGUGACAUCAUCGCUCUCUGUCACAGGAGCUCCCAGAGUCUCAACCAAGAACAGAGAGGGGUGCUGUGGUUUCCUCUGCUAGAAGCUAUGAUGUCACCACAGAAGCUGCUCAAGGGACCGGACGCACGCCAUACAUCAGAGGCAUUGAAGGAGCUCACCAUGAAGGUACUGAACAGUAUGAGUAGUUUCAUCCCCCUGCCUGCUAUCAUCCAGCGCAUUCUACAGGAUCCUGUGUAUGGUAAAGGGAAGCUAGCUGAGAUACAAGGCCUUAUUCUGGGUAUGCUGGAGACCUUCAACUAUGAACAGACAUUACUGGAGACCACCACCAGUCUGUUGAACCAUGACCUCCACUGGUCCCUGUCUCAUCUGCGAGCGGCGGUCAGCAGGGGGCUCCACCCCCGUCAGGACCACUGUAACAUCUGUCUCCAGCAGUACAAGAGACGCCACGACAGCCCAGAGGAAAUCAUCAUAUUCAGCUGUGGCCACCUGUACCACUGCCAGUGUCUGCAGCGGAAGGGGAGUGGCCAUGUGGGGCACAGGCUACUGCAGGCCUGGAGCUGCUACAAGUGUACCUCCUCCCAGGGAGGGAGGGGCGGGGACAGGGUCACCACGGAGACCGGGAGGGGGCGGAGCACCUCCCUCGCACAGACCAAAGUGAUGUCCAGGGAAGCAGGGGAAGAUGGGAAAAAGGUGUUUGCUGAGACCACAUUGGACCCCCAGCAGAGUCAGUCCUGGGACCAGCUACGAUGUCUCUACAGAGGACCUUCCAGGUUGGCCAUCCUGUCGGAAAUCACCCACUGCCAUGGCAAUGAGAAGGCGGGCCUCCUAAACCCAUCCCAACCAGGAACAGCAAGUAUAUUCCACAACGAGAACUUCCAGCUCAAACUCUCCCCACCGCCAUCGGUUGAAGAGUAGGUAGCCUGCAGCCUUGUGGAACGUUCAGAUAUAAAUAUUUUGUGUAGAACAGACACGAUAUCCUGGUCAGGUAGAAUAGGGUGUUCCCUCUAUUUGUUAUAUUUCUAUCUGAAUGUUUCAUCUGACUGAAGACACCCCUGUUGUUUCUGUUGUUGAUUAAACACUACCAUGUAUUCUACUCUGGUUGAUCAAAACUACGUUGUCCACAGAUAUUUGAAAAGGUAUCCAUCAAAUGUUAUGUUUCUGUCUGCAAAAUGUCCAUAAAUAAACCAAUUUGUAACAUUUUA